AUGUUUUCUUCAUUUACAUUGAGAGGUUCUUCGUUUUGUUUAAGUUACAAUUUAUGUUAGUUUAUUAUUUUGUUUUCUAUUUAUUUAACAAAAACAUGCGAAUUCAAAAUAAAGUUAUUAAUUUUAUAGUCUAACUGUGAUAUAACCACCACCUAAAAGUGCAUACCUAUUCAAAAACAAUUGAAUUUUAGUUUUUAAAGUCUUUACAAAAGCUUAAUACCUUACACAAGCUUCAGAUAUGAGUCAAACGAAAGAGUCAGCUUUAACAACUGACAAAAUUACAGGAAGACUUCCUGAACCUAAAUUGGAAUAUAGACCAAAAUCACCUCAGACAGGAUAUGAAGCUGUUUAUGGAUCACAACAAAGACAAAGGGCGUCCCGCCAACGACGUUUGGGAUGGUGUGAGGAUGCACAGAAAAAUAAUCCUCAGUUACGAUCUCUGGCCGCAGCAACAUUGAUCUUUUCAUCAGGUGGAAUGAAUCUAGCGUCCAGUAUUGGUUUUGGAUCAAAUAAUUUAUAUGGGACCCAUGAUCAAGUUUCCUGGUUCAUUGGUGUUAUCAUCGGAUCUUGUAUAUCUACUUCAUUGGUGAAAAAGAUCUCAAAGCGGAUAUUUAAUCUUAUUGCAUCUGUUUUAGUUGUCAUAAGUGGAAUUUUCUACAUUACAGCAACACAAAGCACGUCAGCUGUCAUUUCAGCCCGUUAUUGCGAUGGCAUAGCAUUUGGCUUGACAUUAAUUCCAGCCAUCAUUGCUGGUUCCGAGCAAACUGUCAAAAGGUGGAGAGGAUUUGUUCUUAGUGUCGAACAAUUUGGACUCGCCAUUGGAGCUUUAAUAAAAGUCAUUUCCAUGCAAAAUGCGCACAAUUAUAAAGAAUAUUCAACACAUGGUGUCAUCGCUUUGAUUUUAGGUGUUGGAGCCGUAAUUUGUACAUUUGUCUUUACACUUGAAUCACCAGUAUUCCUCUUGCUUAAGGACUUCGAAGAUGAAGCAGUUAAUGCUCUUCGUAGACUUCAAAGACCCGAACUUGUCACCCACGAGACAUACGCUUUGUUAAAUGAGACCAAAGCACUGUUGCAAGAGGACAUGGCCAGGGAAAGUUCCAAGAACAUGUCAAAAAGCUGGAUACCAAUGAUCAAGGUUGUUCUAUUUCGAUGCUUCGUCUCAAUGUCCAUAUCUCUUCCUCUUACAUUCACAUUCCUUCUGGCUACCUCCUUAAGUUCAAGGAAUGGAAUUCCAAUGGCUCCCUACGUUUAUCUAUUCAUGCGAUUGAUUGGAGUCAUUUUUUCGAUGUUUUUCUUGGACACCCUUGGACGCAGAAUACCAAGUUCACUCUCAUUAUUUGUUGGCGGUGGAAUUCUUCUAGCAGCUGGAUGGCUAGCAUCAGGGUUCUGGAAUACGGCCAAUGCACACAUUCAACCCGUAGUUUUUUUAAUGCUUAUCUAUCAAAUACUUUCUGGAAUUACGGCAGCAAGUAGUACUUGCUAUUUGGGAGAAGCAUUUUCUGUGUCAGUGAAGCCUCAAUUCAUGUUGGCUGCUGUUAUUACUGAAAAUGUCCUACAAAUUUUAGUCUGCUGUUUGGUAUCGACGCAUUCGAUUUCGAACUUUGCAUGCGUUCUGGGAGGCUCACAGUUCCUGUAUGCAAUUGUUUUCUUCUUCACUAUGCCCGAAACAAUGCAAACCACAUUGCGUGAAGCUUUGAAAUUAUUCCAGAGGGUAUUUGCUAUAGGAACUUCUGAACCUGACGAAGAUGAUGAAGACCAAGGCGACCAAGGAGACCAAGUUUAGAUUUAAGUUAUUUAUAUACAUUUAAAAAAAAAAAACCGAACCGAACCAAAACUGUAUAUAAUUUAAGGAUUCAUUUUUUAAAUAAGAUGUUUUUAUACUAUUAACAGUAUAUGUAUGUUAUUACACUAAUAAUAAUAUCUGUUAUAUUUACAUAAUAAAUACGAACGAACUUUAAUUAAAAGUUCAAAAUAUUGUAAAAA